AGUCAACAUCAAUAAAACUUUAGACGAGCUGAUGGCGGAAGUGAAACAAUUUAAGCAGGACCAGCUUCAGCUGUCUUCUACCAUGUCGUCUCUCGAGGUGCUCCGAAUGAAUCUGACGAAUAACCUGACUGGUAAAUCAAAGAAGGUAGGUUUCUCCGCCUCGGUGACUUCCAGCAGCUCAUCCUGGUACAGUGGAACGCUUGUAUUUCCUUCCAUCAUCACAAAUGAAGGAAAUGGAUACAACCCCAGUAACGGAAUAUUUACUGCUCCUACCGCUGGGAUGUACGUCUUCUUUGUGAAUGUUCAGAGCUACAAUUCGAAUAAUAUUUAUGUAGACAUUGUGUUGAAUGGAUCAACCAAAGUCAGAACAAUGGCCGGUUCCAGUAGUUUAGAUUAUUAUGAUGCUGGUCCCAAUAUGGUGGUGUUAACUAUUCAGAAGGGUGACACAGUGUGGGUCAGACAUUACCGUGGUUCGGGGUACUAUACUGAUGGCCCACUUACCACUUUCUCUGGUUUUCUCUUAUAG